AUGACUUUUGUUGUUAUGUGUGACGGCGGCCCGGCGUCCCUCAAGGCAGUGAGCUGGGCUUCUGUUCCUGGUUACAUGAUGCGGCAACACGAAGGAGAGCAGCUCAUUUUGCUGCACAUAUGGGAAAGAUGUGGCUUGCCAUCACCGCUUCAGUUUGAUAGCCCUGAGAGUGUACCACAACCCCCAGAAGAGGCAGGAACUGCGAAGAGACUUCCGCCUUCUAUAGCAAUUCACAAGACAUUGGAAACCAUCAUGGGAAGCAAGGCCACACGCGAUACUCUCAACUAUAAACUAGAGACCAUGGCACUCCAAGAAACACCACUUAACACACCGAGGUCGAUAAGGGCAUCAAUGGAAAUAUCCCACGGGGCGGAUCCACCUCGCCCUGGUUCGCGGCAACGACUCUCCACAAGGGGGGGAAUGUCAGGGAAAAGAGAUGCAGAACAUCACCAACAGGCUGCACCGGAACAGACAACGGAAGAAUUAGAAGCGGCCGCACGCGAGUUGGCGGAGGAGGUGGAAAGGAGACGUGCUGGCAUUAUUGCACAGUACGCAGAAGACCGCCUGAAGCAUCACAAUGCCGGUGCACUUCUUCUCGGGGCUGGUAACACCACGGAAAACAAAUAUAUUAGUGUUGGACAUGUGAGUAGGGCAGUUCUCAGCAAAAUACGUCAAACGUACCCGUUGUGGUUCAUUAAGGGUAACGGCACCACGUUGAGGCUCAAUACUACGGCGUUACGUCAUGUUGUUGUGCUGCUACCACGCCCAGGUGAGGAGGGCGCGCUCAUACGGGAUUGUAGCGUUGUCCAGUAUGCAUUGGGGCGUUGUCGUGAGGGUAGCGGUGAUGUGGUUUGUGCUGUGGUAAUAGCCGAGGGAUGUACACCACCUGAAGAAAUAGAACUUUACACUCAGACCCUUGAGCGCCUGCUUCAGGGCCAAGAAGGCAGUAUUAACGCGGAGUCUCUCAUCUCUCCAAAACAGGAGCAGCAAGCACCGAAGGGAAAUGAAGAGCAGCCGCAAAAUCAAGAGGCACAGCCCAUGGCAGAGAGCAUGGUUCCGAGCACAACGGAGGGUGCUGCCGAUGCCAACCCCACCACCGCGACGGAGGGCCCUGCUGUCACCCAAGAGCAAGACGCUCAUCAGGAGGAUGAAUGGCCAAAGGUUUCGGUAUGCCAACUCCACGCAACCAAACAGGUAACUGAACCCACAGCAACGCGUGUCCCGAUUCAAGUUGUGAAGUUCUUACAGCAGCGCAAGACAGAUGUGAUUGUGAUAGCCUCCACCGUAGUUGAGGAAUUGCAGCUUGCCCUUCUCGGGAUGACAAAGCAACAUGUUUUGGUCGUCCCAACACCCGAGCCGGCGACUCUCGUGAGUCGGACAGAGCCCACACCCGAUCCGAGUAAGGAGACGUCAAUUCUAUGA